AUGUCACAUUUUGCAGAGGAAAACCGCUCCAAAGUGAUGGAUUUCCGGGAGGUGCUGGCCAAGAGCAUGUGUCGGCCCAUGGAGCAGCUGGUGGACGUGGAGCGGGAGUUCCCCGAAGACGUGGAGCACCUCUACAUACCCGCUUGCGUCCCACUCUGGCGAUGCUCCGGCUGCUGUGGGGACGAGAACCUGGAGUGCCAGCCGACCCUGGAGCGCAACGUCACCCUCCAGGUGGUGAAGAUUCUUCCCCUGAGAUCCAAACACAGUGCAGAGAUCAGCUUUGUUGAGCAUCAGAAAUGUGAAUGCAGAGCCCGUCAGAGACAGCAUCCAAACAGUCAGAGCACAGAGUUUAUCAAGAACAGGCCGCGGAGAAGGAAACACAAGAAGACAGCAAACGGCUGUGGAAAGUGUCAGUUUCCUCACAACAAGAUAAAUCUUCACUGACUGGAGUUGGAGAAGUGACAUUGAACUGUGAACUACACAUUAUUGAUCGUAUCCGACUCUUUAUCUUCUUGUUCGUGCAUCCCUUGACAUCCAAACAAAACUUUGUCUCUUGAUUGUGAACUUGUCUUUUCUUUUUGUUUUCUUUUUUU